AUGGCGACAGCUACGACUAUUCCGGAAUUCUUUGCAAAUACGAUUUCUACGUUUAUCGCUGAAUCAGAUAUGGGAUUAAGCGCUAUAAUCGGAAGUAUGAUGUUUAACACACUAGGAGUUGCUGCUUGUGCUUCCUUAUUUACAAAGAAACCAAUUCAAAUCGAUUGGUGGCCGAUAACAAGAGAUUCAAUUUUAUUUUCAAUCAAUAUCGUAAUUCUUGUGACUUUUGCAUGGGAUGGCGUAAUUAUGUGGUGGGAAUCUUGCAUUCUUGUCACACUCUACGUUGGUUAUUGGAUUUUAAUGUUCCAAAAUCCAAGAAUCAAGAAGUUUGUCAAGCACAUUGUUGAAGAUAAACUGAUGUGGUGUCAACGAAUUAAAAAUUAUGAUAUUGCAAAUCAGCGUCCUUACAGUUUAAAACCAUUUGUUGAAAAUGGAGUGACACGUCAACUGUCAAACAAUUCACAAAUUAGCGUUGAAAAUGGUAACACAGAGAACUUUAAACCUUAUUACAAUCAAGGAUUUGAUGCUUCAAGCGUAUCAAUUAAUGUAAUUGAGUUCUCAUUUGAUGAUCGAAGGAAAUCAUUUGACAUAAAUUCUAUCGACCCUCCAAUCAUUCCAAGAAGUGCAGCAGAAAGAAGAAAAUCGACUGACUUGUCAAUAGUGUAUGCGGAGGUAGAAGAAGAAGAAUAUGGUCUUUGGGAGAUUCCUAAGGGUGUUGGAUAUUUUAACAUAUUCUGGUUUUUCUUCACAUGGCCGAUAAAAUUCCUAUUGCAGUACACGAUUCCUAAUCCCAUCACUCACAAGAAAUGGUACAUUGUUUCAUUCAUCAUGUGUAUCAUUUGGAUUGGUGGCGUUUCUUACUUAGUUUUCUGGAUGGUUGUAAUCAUUGGCGAUACUUUUGGUAUUCCCGAUGCUGUCAUGGGGUUAACUUUUCUUGCUUUCGGAGGUUGCAUGCCUGAAGCAAUCUCAGCCGUGAUUGUGGCAAGACAAGGUUCAGGGCAGAUGGGAGUUAGCAAUGCACUUGGAGCUAACAAUCUUGCCAUUCUGUUCAGUUUGGGACUGCCAUGGUUUAUAAGGACAAUGGUUGAUGGUGCGGGAUUUAAUGAUGCACAAAUUCGCAUAUUUUCUUCUGGAAUUGAAUUCACAAUCAUGACAUUACUGAUUGCUGUCGCUAUUCUUUACAUUUCAAUGGCAGCAGCAGGAUAUAAACUUAGAAAGACUGUCGGUCUUUUCCUUGGCAUUGGAUAUGUCUUCCUUGCGACAUUUGCUAUCUUAGUGGAACUUAAUGUUUUAUUUGUGCCAGAAGGUUGCUGA